CAUUCCGAUACUUACUUGCACGCUACAUCCCACCAGCAUUGUACCAUACGCCUCCCACAAUUCCACAAUGCCUUCUCAGAGGACCUCAAUUGAUGCGCGAAGCAGUCCAGUCCACCAAUCAGACAAUGAAACAAAUUCCUCUGCAGAAGAAAGCGCGGCCGUACAGUCCAGCGGGGUAGAUUCCGACUCAGAUUCCGAUUCCUUCGAUAGUCAAACCUCCCGAAAACGAAGAAAGAUCUCCCCCGCUCCAAUCGACGAUGAAUCAGAUGACGAAGAUGCCCCCAAAAUCGCCAUAUCCACCGUACCUUCAAGAAUCAGCAAGAAAAGCGCGCCGGCGCAAGUAGCUAUUCCAGUGCCAACGACAGGCGGGAUCACAGCCCCCACGGACCCGAAUACAAGUUUUGCUGCGCUGAAUGUGAAGCCAUGGCUGGUUGGAAGCUUGAACUCGAUGGCUAUUAAGAGACCGACGGGGAUUCAGAAGGGGUGUAUUCCGGAGAUCUUGAAGGGGCGGGAUUGUAUUGGUGGGAGUAGAACGGGUUCUGGGAAGACGGUUGCGUUUGCGGUGCCGAUUUUGCAGAAAUGGGCGGAGGAUCCUUUUGGGAUUUUUGCUUUGAUAUUGACGCCGACGAGGUAUGUAGAGUUUGGUUGCGCGGGGUUGUACUUGUGCCAUACAUGUAAUUGGAGUAUCAAGGAUUUUAUGGCUAAUGAUAGAAUAGAGAACUUGCCUUGCAAAUUUUCGAACAAGUCAAAGCGAUAUCUUCUCCUCAAAGUCUCAAGGCUGUUCUUAUCACUGGAGGUUCUGAUAUGCGACCUCAGGCGACUGCAUUGGCCCAAAGACCGCAUAUUGUAAUUGCGACACCAGGAAGAUUAGCAGAUCACAUACGCACAUCCGGAGAGGAUACAAUCUGCUCAUUAAGAAGAGUACGAAUGGUAGUACUAGAUGAAGCAGAUCGGUUACUAGCAGGUGGAAUGGCAGGAAGCAUGCUCCCAGACGUAGAAGGAUGUUUCUCUAUUCUCCCACCACCAGCUAAACGACAAACCUUACUUUUCACAGCAACAAUCACACCAGAGGUACGAGCUCUAAAAGAACGACCACAAACCCCCGGCAAACCACCAGUCUUCAUUUGCGAGGUCGACACCCAAAAACUCGCCAUCCCAUCUUCCCUUCGCCAAAUGCAUCUCCAAAUCCCAGUCACCCACCGAGAACACUAUCUCCACAUGUUCCUCCUCACCGAUGUCAACCUCCCAAAAUCAAUCAUCGUCUUUUGUAACCGCACCUCCACAGCCGACUACCUAACCCAUCUCCUCCGUCUCCUAGAACACCGCGUCACAGCACUCCACUCCAAACUCCCCCAACGCCAACGAAUCGACAACCUCGGCCGUUUCCGCGCCUCAGCAGCUAGAAUCCUAGUCGCCACCGACGUCGCAGCCCGAGGUCUGGAUAUCCCGGAAGUCGGACUAGUCAUCAACUACGACAUCCCCCGCGACCCGGAUGAUUAUAUCCACCGCGUGGGACGUACGGCGCGUGCGGGGAGGAAGGGAGAUGCAGUCACGUUUGUGGGACAGAGGGAUGUGCAGCUGGUGCAGGCUAUUGAAGCUAGAGUCGGGAGGGAAAUGGUGGCGUGGGCGGAGGAAGGGGUGAAUCUUGAGACGAGGGUUAUUCGUGAGGCGUUGAAGUUGGUGGGGGAGAAGAAGAGGGAGGCUAUGUUGGAGAUUGAGGAGGGGAGGGAGGUGGGGGGGAAGAGGAAGAGGGGGAUGGUGAAGUUGAGGAAGUGA